AUGUCAGCUGGUGAAAAAGAAAACUUUGAAGUUAGUGUUGGAUUACACCAGGGGUCAGCAUUAAGCCCAUUUUUGUUUGUGCUGGUCAUGGAUACGUUAAUUGAAAAGAUCAGGAAUGAAGAGCUGUGGGAGUUGUUGUACGCUGAUGAUCUGGUGAUUACUGCCAAAAUCGAGGAAGACCUAAAGAGAGGUGGCUUGAAGAUGAAUGUGAAUAAAACAGAAGUUUUGGUGAGCAGUAGGGAAGAUAGAGGCAGAAUAGUAAUGCAAGAAAGAAGAGGCUCAGUUAUAAAACAAGUGGAAAAGGGUAAAUACUUAGGAUCUACUUUAAGCCAAGUGGGAGGGUGUGAAACGGAAGUUGACAGUAGGAUAAAAGUUGUGGGGGAAGUGAAGAAAGGUAGCUGUAGUUUGUUAAAAGAAAAUACCAAUCAAGAUAUGCUUGUUGUGAGGAGAUCAGCCGGCCAGGCAAGAUGGAUGGCAUGUGGGACCUACGGAGUGCUAAAGGAUUCAUCCCGACCUAUCACCUAG